AUGUCAGCCCCGCCGCGUGAUAGCCAAGCAUGCGGCUCAUCUGCUAGCUUCGAUAUCUCUAAAGAGCAUCUGACAUUUGUUUCUCAGGCUAUCGAUUCCGCUUCAGCAGAGUUACGAGAAUUAAAUCUCGAGAUUUGGAAUAAUCCAGAAUUGAAGUUCGAAGAGGACAAGGCUUGCAAGCUCCUCACUGAAUGGCUCCAAUCUCAAGGGUGGAGUGUGCAAACUGGGGUUUACGGCAUCAGCACGGCAUUUGAAGCGCGCUUUUCGGUGGUCGGUGGUGGUCGGACGAUUUGCUACAAUGCUGAAUACGAUGCCCUUCCCGAAAUCGGACAUGCGUGUGGCCACAACCUUAUCGCUACAUCAACACUCGCGUCUGGAGUAGGUGUCGCGUCGGCAAUGAAGCAAUUCAAUAUCCCUGGAACGCUAGUUAUUAUCGGAACCCCGGCUGAAGAAACCGGCGGAGGAAAGUACAUCAUGGCCAACAAUGGAGCGUGGAAAGAUUGCGAUAUUGUGAUAAUGACCCACCCAAUGCCAGAUUUCUCCAGCUCUCAAAUGCAGACGAAAGCGUCGUGGAAAUUCCGAGCAAAGUUUCAUGGCAGAGGGUCCCAUGCAGGUGCGGCACCGUGGGAUGGUGCGAAUGCUUGUGAUGCGAUUGUCAUGGCGUAUAAUGGUCUGGCGUUGCUUCGGCAACAUGUGAAGAAGACGGAGAGUAUUCAAUCGAUUAUUUUGGAAGCUGGGAAGGCGGUCAAUAUUAUUCCUGAUUAUUCGGAAGGUCAUUUCUCGCUGCGUGCAGAGGAUUCGGUGUCAGUUGAGAAGUUGAGAGAGCGAGUUAUCCCUAUUUUCCACUCAGCUGCCGCUGCGACUGGCUGUACGGUGGAGCUUUUUUGGGACGCUCUUUACGAAGACGUGGUGAAUAAUAUGGCCCUCGCAAACCGAUACACCGAUUACAUGCUGAACGGCCUCGAAUUUGACCCGGCCGAAUUCUUGGACCCUGCUACUCAGCCCAAGGCUGUUAUAGGAGGGAGCUCUGAUUUUGGCAACUGUUCAUAUCUGAAGCCUGGCAUUCAAACACUCUUCAAGAUCAAUGCGACCAACAUGCCGCACACACCGGAGUUUCAGCAAGCGGCAGGCAGUGAGUUCGCUCACACUGAAGCACUCCGAGCGGGCAAAGCCAAUGCAAUGGUAGGGAUUGAUGUUCUGCUGAAUGAUGAAUUCUACCAAGCGGCACAGAAGGAGUGGGAGAGCUCGAUGGAGGCCCGGGGCCGUAGAUAA